AUGGCGCUCACGCUAUUAGUUUUAGGGUUGCUGGCCACCGUGGCUCCCCAUACCACAGUGGCAACCGGAGUUUCGUAUCCAAUACCUCCUAGUAGCCCAUGUGACGCUGGCAAGCUUGACUCUACUCCUGUGGGAAUGUCGUUUGAAUUCUUCAUGUGGCCCUCUUACAUGACCAAUAUCAGCAUCGCCACAAGCUGCUUGGAGCAUUUUGACAAGCUCUACGGGAAAAAGACACCCACCCGUAUCGGCGGUACUACGCAGGACCGUGCCGAGUUCGAUCCAGAUUUUGAUGGCUACGUAUCAUAUCAUGUAGAAGAUCCUCUGGAAGCUCCUAUGGUUCUGAAAUAUGGACCAAAGUUCUUCGAUCUCAUUCUGGCUAAAAACAAGACUCGGGGCUUCUUGCAUGCUAUUGAGCUCGGCAACGAGCCAGAUUUGUACUACAAGUACUGGAACAAGCCUGUGGCAACGGCACCCUGGAACAUGAGCCAGGAGGGAGCCAAUGCCGCUCAGUGGGCGCAGGCAUUUAUUGACGGCUGGGACGAGCCAGAGCCCAUGCUGUCCAGCGGCAGUUAUGCGGUUCCCGUUCCUCUGGAGCCAAACUGGCCCAAUACCGUACAUCUAGUGACUGAAGCCUUCAAUGAGACGGUAAAAGCAGGAGUCAAAGAGUAUUGCGCCCAUUUAUAUGCCCUCUCUGAUGCCAAAGAUCUCAAGACCGAGAUGAACCACGUGCGGACAGUCAGCGACGUAUCACACUUUAUUGAUGACAUUGCUACUGUCCGCUCAGUGGGAAGAGAUCUCAUUCUCGGGGAGACCGGGUUUCAUGGGCUGGAUGAGGAGAUUGACGCUACCCUUGGAGGAGCUAUCCAGAUCUUGGACAAGACACUGCGUGCCACGGCCAUUGCUUUCUUCAAUUGGUGGUCGGAUGACCAAGUCGAGGCCCCAUUUUAUGGAGGGUACAUGGCUGCUUUAGCCUUAAAUGGAGGUCACAGCAUCAUUGCCAGCGAUGACGGAAACGAUGCUUACGCUCAGUAUGUGAUCUUCAGGGACGGCGCCCCGCACAAGGUGUUGUUGAUCAACACUGAUUAUUACUCGGGUGAGGGCGAACGAAAUAUCACAACCUUCAACUUGACCGGCGUAACUGCUGCCGAGGUAAAGGCGCUUCGAAUGACAGCGUCGACUAGCGAAUACACAACCAACCUGAAGAACUCAGACGGGGAACAGGGUCUGACUAUCGGAAAUUGCUCCAUCCUGGGCCAACAGAGCUUCGAGACAGGGGUGACAACUGGCGGAAACGUCACAUUUACCUUGGCAGCCUCCGAAGCGCUACUUAUAUAUCUUUGA